UCUGCAUACACUUCGACCAGUUUUCCGUUCCUUCCUGAAAAAAAAAAGCAUGCCCACAGCAUAAUACUGACGCUGCAAUUUUUUUUUACGUUUGCUUCGUGCCCCACACAGCUUAUGGCCAUCCUUAAACUUGACUCACUCAUGGCUUCCUUUUUACCAAUUUUCCAAUAAAUUAAAUUUUUUGUAUAUAAAAUUACAAAAUAAACCAUACACAUAAAAAUACGAUGAGGCACAUUUUACUCAUAGCAAAUAAAAAUAUUUUGAGGGGCUUCUUCACACACUUAGAGUUGCACAGACCACAAAUUUGUGAAUGAGUCUUGUGCAAUUCUUCCCCCUGGCCUCAAGAUGUCGCUGCAGUCCCAGCACACCUCCUGUCUUCUGGUUGCAUCGUUUCAUGCGUUGCUGCUGCUUCAGUUCCGUUCAAAUAUCCUUACUACACUGUUCUCUGUACCGUACAUGCCUUUGUAGUUUUUUAAAGACAUUAUAUUGACCACAACAUACGUGUCUUACAUUUAUGAUAUACGUUUGUUACAAAUGCUUUCGAUUAUUUUCACAUCUCACGGACGUAAAUUGGGGCGCUAAGAUACAAAUCCCACCCCGCUCAUUCAAUUGGUCUGCCCCAAACCUGUUUCAUGCAGUCCGCCGUCUAUCAGUCAACGUCGCGCUUCCCUCCUCCGCCUCGCUUGGCAGCAUCCAGGAGUGUGCCCACCUUAUUCCUGCGACGGUCGUUUGAUGUGAACAUAUUUACGGCAAGAGCCGCCGGUUCGGCACAAGUUUUUUUCUCCAUUAUUCCUAGUUUCUACACUAGCUUUGUCAUUUACCGUCGGGAUGAGUCAGGAUGUAACUGGGUGUUGUCCUGUUGUUUUUAGCUAGGCGGAUAAAUUCCUUCAACCAGCCUGCUGUUUCAAUCACUGCGGGCUGUCACUACGUUAGCCGAAGCGCUGUUGCACUGGGCGAGCUAGCGGGCUAGCAGGGCGAGCAUUCCCGACUGUUUUCGGCCUAAUCUAGAGAAGGCUGCGCUGAUGUUGGAAUAACGCUGGAGAGACUGCAGACACUUCGGCUGUCACUGCUUUGGAUGCUGCAGGUUUGAACCACUCUUGGCGGAUGGUGAAGAUUGAGCUGGAAAAUACAGUGACAGAAAAAAAUACCUAAGUUGCUGCCGUUAGUAAAAGAAAAAAAGGAAGAAAAAAGGCAAAACCCUAAGCUGCGACCAGAGUGGUGCAGUCAGUGGAGCUCCUAGCUCUCUUCCCAGUGUCAGUCUCCCGUGAUUUACGGUGGAACAUCCGGGUGAAGUCGCAGCUCUUCCCGGCCGGGGGGACAACUUGACAGCGAGGCCCCUUGGCUAAGUCUCCCCUCCCCCAGCCCCGACCAUCCGUCCGUCCGUCCAGUCUAGUCUAGUCCAGUCCGACUGACCGCCUCCUCCUCGCUUGCUUGAGAGCCAAGCGAGGGCCGGGGAUUCGGGAGAAACUGAAACCGUGAGCCAGUGUUCGUCAGGUCCCGUUUGAACCGGGCUGCCACAACCAGAGGGGAUGACUCUGGAGUCCAUGAUGGCUUGCUGCCUGAGCGAGGAGGCGAAGGAGUCGAAACGAAUCAAUGCAGAAAUUGACAAACAACUGCGCCGAGACAAGCGGGACUCCAGGAGAGAGCUGAAAUUGUUGCUGCUCGGUACGGGAGAAAGUGGUAAGAGCACCUUCAUCAAACAGAUGAGGAUCAUCCAUGGAGCUGGCUACUCAGACGAAGACAAGAGGGGCUUCAUUCGGCUUGUUUACCAAAACAUCUUCACCUCCAUGCAGUCUAUGAUCCGUGCCACUGAGAACCUCAAGAUCCCGUACAAAUAUGAACAGAACAGGGCCAACGCCAUGCUUGUGAAGGAAGUGGAUAUUGAGAAGAUCAAUGGGUUUGAUCAGCACUAUGUCGUAGCUAUUAAAAGCCUGUGGGCCGAUCCGGGAAUCCAGGAGGCCUACGAUCGUCGCCGAGAGUACCAGCUCUCCGAUUCCACUAAAUAUUAUCUUAGUGAUAUAGACCGUGUGACUGCGGAGGGAUAUGUUCCCACCCAGCAGGAUGUGCUGAGGGUCCGUGUUCCCACCACGGGUAUAAUAGAGUACCCCUUUGACCUGGAGAACGUCAUCUUCAGGAUGGUGGAUGUCGGGGGUCAGAGGUCAGAGCGGAGGAAGUGGAUUCACUGCUUUGAGAAUGUCACCUCCAUUAUGUUUCUUGUGGCUCUGAGUGAGUACGACCAGGUCUUGGUGGAGUCCGACAAUGAGAACCGCAUGGAGGAGAGUAAGGCUCUGUUCAGGACAAUAAUCACAUACCCCUGGUUUCAAAACUCUUCAGUCAUCCUCUUCCUCAACAAGAAGGAUCUUCUAGAGGAGAAGAUUGCUUAUUCACACUUAGUGGACUACUUUCCUGAAUUUGAUGGUCCCCAGAGAGAUGCUCAGGCAGCACGGGAGUUCAUCCUCAAAAUGUUUGUGGACUUGAACCCAGACAGUGACAAGAUCAUCUACUCUCACUUCACCUGUGCCACGGACACUGAGAACAUCCGCUUUGUGUUUGCGGCCGUCAAAGACACCAUCCUGCAGCUCAACCUGAAAGAGUACAACCUGGUGUGAGAGGGGGACGGUGCUCGCGACGCACAUUUCCCCCCAACCCAUUGCACAACGCAACCCUCUUCGGGAACGUGCUGUCAACUCCACACGCAUCGCACAGCGCAGCACUCCGGCUCUCACACACUCAUUCACACAUAAACAGAACUGUUGCUUUUUUUUUAAAUUUUUUACUUUUCUUUCCAGUACAGUGUAUUACCAGGAUGUCCCACCUUCAUUCGUGCCCUUCCUUUCACCGAAGCUGCUCCCUCCUUCUCCUCCUUCUCUCGGCAGCUUGUUGCAUCAGUCUUCGGUCCUUAAAAAGCUGCUCCGUGUGUCAGAGCUAGCAUACAGACCUUUCAUAUGGGCUAAACGGCGACAGGAAGGGAUUUUUGUUGGCAUUUGUUUAUCUGCGCGUAUUUGGAGCAGUUUAUAUUGGCAAUUAAUUUUUUUCAAAAAACUAAAUUUAAUCAUAGGGCCCCGCAGAGAUGACCCUCUCUCCUUUCCUGCCAGUGUGGAAGGCACUGACUGAUUUAUCUGGUGACAUCAUUUAACAAGCAGCGGUGCUGAACACAGAAGAGAUGCUACAGAGUGACGCAGUUGGGAUGUGAGGUCAAAGUUACGGCCUGGAGGAUUCUGGGACCUUGCAUCUAUGAAUGUACACCAGGUGUGAGCGUCACAAUCACAAAAAAAAACGAGAGAGAUGUAUAUGAAUUUAUUGCAUAUAAAAUUAUGAAUUCAAUGCGUAUUUAUCCAUUUUCAACAAGAAGCGAGGGGGGGCCAGGUGCAGUUAAUAAAAAUCUGUUGCCGAGGUUUUUUGACAGAUUUUUACAGAUUUAGAAAAAUUUGUUGCAACACUAAAAUGGCUGAAUUAAGCAGGCAUAAAAGCAGAACAUUUAUAAAAACGUUUUUUUUUUUUUUUUUUGCAAAAUUUAAAAGAAAAAGCAACUGUAAAUUUGUUUGACAUAAGUAUGCUUUGAAGAUAUUCAUAAUUGUGUGUUUUUUUUUUAAGUUAAUCACACGCUUCCCUUCUUCACAACGUAUUCUAUACGAAUUCACGAUGCAGCACUCCCUACAACUGGUCACACCGACACCGAUGAUGUGAAUCUGCUCCCUCAGUACAAAACACUAGCUAGCAGCGGGGGUGGUGGUAUUAAAGGACCCCCAUUGUGGAGUUCACCUAUGAGUAGCUAAAUCGGCGCCAUAAAGGCUGGAAACGCAACGUGUCCGAUGGCAUCACACUUCCUAACGUGACGCAGUCAUCAGCAACGUCAGGAUGUGCUUCUUAUAUUUUGUUAUGUUGGGGUUUUUUUGAGUGAUAUAUUAGGGGAAAAGGAGGAUGAUGGGCCUUUCACAGAAAAUACUCUGGAGUCUGCAAAUUCUUUGUGUAUAUUUGUAAAUACAUAUACACAAAACUCUUCUGUACAAAACAAGUUCUCUGUGGUACACCAUCUUUGGUUUUUGAAAAGAAAAAAAGAGAAAAAAAAUGACUUUCUUUAGCAUACAGCUUUCUGCUAUGAAUUUAUGGUAGUAUUGAUACUGUGAUUAUGAAUUUUGUUCACUUAAUAGGAUUUCAAAGAGCCGGACGGUGUUGAGGAAACGAAGUGGGUGGUCGGAGAGAAAGACAGCCUCUGAAUGCCACACUACUGCAACAGCUCUGUGUUCAGAGUCAAACUAACUAGGGCUGGUUCAACAAAAAAAAUGACAAAAAAUCUUGACGGUUAAGGUGAAAGGAUGAUUUUGACAGUAAUUAAAGAGUUUUUUUAUUUAUAUAAUUUAUGGACCAGGAUGAAAGUGUUGAUAAUUUGACUGCUUGUGUUUCUGUCAUGUUGAAGGGCUCCUUUUCUCAUGGCAGAGCCUACUUGAGUCUGAACUGCUGUUAAAAAAAAAUACAAAACAAUAAAAAAAUCGAAUGUCUAGUAUAGUAAGAACUUUAUCUCUGCUUUCUAUUUCUUAGACAUUUCCAGAUGUACUUGCCAUUACAUUUCAAUCCAUUAUAAAGCGGUUUGUUUUCUUAUAUCUUAGGGAGCCCUCACAUUCUGUUUUUCAUUAUUUUUUAAAGAAUCAUUUUUUUCCUGUUGGGUUAUAGAUGCAGCGCUGUAAUACAUACCUAAAACAUGUACAGUACAAACAUAGGUGGACUUUUUUUUAUCAGUGAUUGAAGACCUCUGAGGUCCAUGCUUGCUAUUUGUAACUUAACAAAAGAUAAAAUGUCUUUUCUUUUUUUUUGUUUGCUUUAAUUUCAAAUUUUUGGAAGCUUGCUCUGAAUAGUGCCAGUGAAGUGCAGAUAUAUUAAUUUUGUUUUGGUCUUGUAAAUGACCUUUUCUACAAGUGAUUUACCCUUCGUCUUCAUUAAGGGCUAUAUCACAGUGCAUCCGACAGCGGGGAGUGGAGUUAAGGACCACAGUGAACCAAGUCAUCCACUAUUACUACUAUUACUUGUUUAGAAAGAGAAUAUUUGCUGUCUGUGCUAUUAAGAAGUAAAGGCAGAGUGUUAACACAAAUGUAAGUGUGUGAGUAGAGAGUCUUUACCAACACUUAAGAUGCAUUCUUUAGGUAUUUUUUCUGGUUUCUCACUACAUUUUGUUUGCAUCGGCUUUCCAGUGUCGCUUGUAAUCCAUCAUGAAGUGUUGAGGCACUUAUCAGUACAGACACUACUACCAGGACAAGUAUUGCAUGAGUUCCCCAAGUAUUUGAGUUGUAGCUAGGAAGCCAAGAAAUGUUAUUAAGACCAUACUGGUGUCUUUGCAUAUUUUAAUCUGUGUACAUUUCUACUUUUAUGGCAGCUAAAGGAGGUGGAAUCAUGAUUGUUAUAAUAUGAACCUGUUUUUUGACUAGAUUGUUGCAAUGAGCACAUCAGUUAGUAUUUCUUCUCUCCUUUGCAUUAAGGUAAUGGACAAUAUUGUCCCUCAUGCAAAGCAAUGACCAAUACCAGUUAUUAGGACAGUUGAAGAUUUUUGAGGUGAGGUUGUGUUAAUCUAAGCAAAACUCUUUGGAUCUUUAUUUAGUAUAAAUCCAGAGUAGUUUGCCCAAGCUAAUGGCUAGUCCAAGAUCAAAGUGGACGUCUUAAAAUUGCUCCAAUCUCAAAAGCAUCAAAACGUUUAUGCAAAGGUUCUUUUAUGAACCUUGAUUUGGACUCUUCUAAAGGUGAAAACAGUAAAACAUCCAGCCCCCUUGUUAUCUGCUGACAUCCAGCUUAUUGAUGAGGCAGCCGUAAAGAACAGCCACACUUCUUCAACUUCCUCUGACUGCAUUUUAACAGCUAAAGGAUGCUACAAAUGGCAACAUCUUCCCACAGUAACAACUUCCACAGUGAGGAGUGUUGUUUGCAGUGCAACCUAGUAAUACUUAAAUAUGGGGCUUUCAUUGAAAAAAUACGAGUUUCUGCAUGGUUGUUUACUAAAUGAUGUCCUGAUUUAGUAUAAAUCCCGACUAGUUAGGACCAGAGGGUAAAGCUAACGGCUAGAACUACAGGGGGCGAGACUAAUGGGUGUUCUAUCAUCGUAAAAUGACUCCAGCGGCAUAUGCAAACACUUUUAUGAUCCUUUACACUGUUGACGCAUUUGCCUCACGCAAUUAUUUACAUGGGGAAGUGGAAUACUGGAAAUGGAGCUCUGGAGGUGGUGCACCUCCGCUGAUCUUCCUGUGUGAAACGCACACUGAAGAUACAACAAAUAAAGUGUCUCCGGUUGGAGUAGUCGUCAGGUAUAAAAGCUUAAGUGAAUGCCGUUUUGAUAUUACAUCACAUUAGUUUUCCGAAUGGAAAUGCUUUACAUGUUCGGUUCUCAGUUUACAUUAGUCCCAAAAGGAACAAACUAUUCUGGGUUUAAACUAAAUGAAGAUGCUGCAACAGUUAUUUUCUGCAGUUAAGCUAUUAAUUUAUUAAAAUAUUUUAAUAACAGACCCUGAUGUCAAAAAUCCAGAACUAUCACUUUUCUAAUCCUUGAACCGCCUGAUGUUUCUGGCCAUGCUUCGCUCUAGCUGAAACUGACAGAGCAGCUGAUUUCCAAUGUAAUUAGAUGAAAGUAUGCAACAGUGCACCAGUAUGCUAUUUUUGCCAUUUUCUCUGCUGAAAAGACACUAACCUCAUGCUGAGGAGUGACUGCUGCUAUGACUGAUGUGUAAAGAGGAUCAGAUGCCAGUAAGCAUAACCAAGUGUUUUAUCUGUAGUGUUAUUUCUACUUUUCGCUGAGUGCAGCUCACCUAAACGUAUUUGCUAAGCAACUUGACUCUACAACUCUGGCACGUAGUGAAGGGCCGGGUGACUGUUGGCGUGGGUUCGCUUCUGUUAGUAUUCCUACUUUUUCUUUCAUUCUGUUGUGGACAUGUAUUAUUUCAGCAUAACCAAGCAGCAAAGAGGGAUGCAGUUCAGUCUCCCCUCAUUCGUGACCAUUUUUAUUAUCCUUUCACACUACAUUACUUAUUUAUUGCCUUGAGUUAAGAGAGAUGGUCCUUUCCAAUGUUUCUGUAAGCUUGUUGUUAAACAAAUAGAAAUCAGACUUAUCUCUUACACAUCUGUAUAGAGUUCGACCCGAAGCUCGGUCCUCUUUUUUAUGUAAUAUAAACAUUUCCUGAACACUGUAUGUUUCUUUUUUUUUUCACUUCAUUAUUUUUUGUCUCACUCCAGUGAAAGCUGAAUUUCAAUCAUGUAGUGGUUUGUAUAAAAUGUUUUUUAUUUUAUUUUAUAUCCGAAUCACGGUGUAAAUGAUGUAUUAUUCUGAGUGUGCCAACCCCACUCUCCAGAGCCAGGCUCUCUCUAAGUGCCAAUAAUGUGGUCAUUAUCAAAUGGACCACCAUUUGAGAUGGGGGUGGCCUCCCCUUUGUAAAACAAACUAGAGACUAAAGUGAUAAUUAUGAACACACAAAGAUUUUAUUCUGUAUUUAAGAUUGAUUUAAAAGAUAAUCUGUUCUUUUGUUCAUUUUUUAAAGAAACUGUAAUUAUAUCUGCAUGUGCUGUUUGUUUUGUGUUGAAAGUGAGGGCUUGGAUGUUUUCACUGAAGUGGAGCCCUUUGUUGAAUGGGGUUCAAUCAGUUGGUUAUAAUUGAUUUACAAUAACUCUUGCCAUAUUUUUUUUUUUUUUAUUUGUUUCAUGCAUUUGUUUCAACCACUGUUGCCUGAUCCUCAUUCAAACAUGAACAUGACUUAUGAUCAUUGUCGCCUUCUAAGAGAGAAACAUAAUGACAAGGUAUCUGUUUUAAAUUGAAAUAAAUUUGUUCCUAUACUUGC